ACAGCAAACUCUAAUAUUUUUUUUUGUAGCAUCAAGUCAUUUCUCAAACUGUUUGGUUGGUGUUAAUUUUUAUCUCCUAUCCUUAUUAAUUAAUUGUUAUUCAAUCAUGAGUUUCUCUAAUCCUUAUGCUGGCUAUCAAAAUGCCCCCGGAGGUGAUACAGCUCAUGAAUAUAAUCGUCUUUCCAAUACUGUUAGUUCUAACGUCCAGAAGAUCUCUCAAAAUGUCAAUUCAAUGCAAAGAAUGGUCAAUCAACUGGGAACACCAUCAGAUUCAGAAAAUUUGCGUGAUCAAUUGCAACAGAUCCAACACUAUACAAAUCAACUUGCACGUGAAACAAAUAAUAGCAUCAAAGAACUUUCAGCCAUUCCACAACCGCAAAGUAUUUCUGAGCAGAGGCAAAGGCGAAUGCUCAAAGAACGUUUAACCAAUGAUUUUUCUGAUGUGCUGAAAAAUUUCCAAGUUAUUCAACGAACAGCAGUUCAAAAACAAAAGGAAAGUGUACACCGAGCUCGAGCAAACUCUGGCCUUAAAACUGGACCUUUUGAAGAAGCUAGUCAAAAUCAGAAUCUAAUCGACCUUGCGAGCCCUGGAUCCGUUGGUCAAAUUCAGAGUGUUAUCCAAAUGGAGGAAGAAGUUGAUUUGGAGACUAUGCGAGAAAGAGAACAAGCAAUCAGAAAAUUAGAAAGUGACAUUCUCGGUGUCAACCAAAUAUUUAAGGACCUGGCAACUCUUGUUCAUGAGCAGGGUGAAGUGUUGGACAGUAUUGAGGCAAACGUUGAAAAUGCUACCUCUCAUAUUGAAGAGGGUGUACAACAAAUUGUAAAGGCAAGGGAGUAUCAGACUAAAGCUCGCCGGAAAAAGUUGCUGAUAAUCUUAAUCCUAGCGAUAGUUCUUGUGAUUUUCAUAACCAUCAUUUGGACAUCAUUGAAGUGAACCCACGGACACAGAUUUGUUUCAGCUUCACUUUAUUGUUUCACUUAUUAUUGCUAUUAUUAUAUAUUAUUAUUUGUUUCUUUCUUUUUUCAUCUGGAUAAAGAAAAAGAAGAUAUCUCAUUGGUGCUCAGAGAGAGAAAGAAAAGAUAAUGAAUAUUCCCCAUUCGAAGUUAUCUGUAAAAUUUGUAUGAGAUUCCAUGAGAUUUUAAAUUUUAUAAAUUAACUUUAAAAAUGAGUGAGUGAGAUAGAGAGACCGAUAGAGUUUCGACAAGUCAAAAAGACUUCAAAAGCUCAUCAACGUCUAAUUCAUCUCUUUGAGCAAAAUUUGCUCUUUUAAAUCACAAUAUCAUUAUGUAUUGAAUCCUCCUUUUCCCGAGCUGCUAAAUUGUUCAAUAAAAAAGCAAGAAUUACACAAAUCAAUAAAAAUGGUAUAAACAA